UGAUUUGAUUCGCUUGACUUAGCCUUGUUUCCAGAAAAAAUACUUCCAUGAAUCCACACCGAGGUUCAUUGAUCUAAUAAAUGUUAUAAUCUAUGGAAUUAAAACUCUCUUAUAUUGAUUGAUAAUAAAUAAUACGUCUAUAAGGUGUAAUUUUCUAUAGACUUGCCGUUAUAAAGAGUAUUUUGGGGGGAUAUAAUUCCAUGCGCCUUGUGCCAUUCUAUCGAUUCCCACAUGUGAAUCUUUCAAUUCCCUCACAUACAGCUAAAAAGCGCAAGCAGAAAUGACGAAAUCAAAGCAGAAACACACGAAUAGUGGCAAGAAGAGCAAAUUGGCAGAUAUGUCCAUAGAUGACUUAAUGGCAGAGGAUAUCGUGUCUGAAGAAGAAGAUGAUGAUGAUCAACAUGACAACAAUGAAAAGACAGAUGGAAAAGAGCCAAAAAGCGGGAAAGUCACCAAGAUCACAGGCCACAAGCAAUCCUUGGAGAAACUGAAGACGUCUGACCCGGAAUUCUUUGAGUUCCUGCAGGAGAAUGAAGGAGGGCUCCUGAACUUUGAUGAAUCGGAUGAUUCGGAGAUGGAGAGUGAGGAGGAAGAGGAGCUGGAGGACGAUGAGGAGGAAGAUGGGAGUGGAGAUGAGGAUGAUCUGGAUACAAAGAAGCCCGGCGAGGUUGACAGUGAUGAAGAAGACUUUGUUGAUGAGGAUGAUGAUGGAAGCAAGAAGAAGAAGAGGGGUGGUAUUCCAGUCACCCUGGCUCUCGUAGAUAAAUGGAGGCAGCAGCUUGAGAAAAAUUCAGUGAAAGCAUUGAGGGAAGCGAUGAAAGCAUUCCGUGCUGCAGUACAACAAGCAGGAGCUGAAGAACGUGUCAGGACAAAGUAUGCCGUAGAUGGAUCAGCAGCGUUCAAUGCGGUUGUGUCUCUAUGCUUGAAGCAAGUGUAUCCAGUACUUCAACGCUCCUUGGAGUUAGAGGAUAAAGCUGGCAAAACACCACCGUCAAGUUCUCCCAAAUGGAAACACCAUCACGUAGAUGUUAAAGCCUAUCUCACCGAUCUCAUUAAGCUGUUAGGCAAUGUCGCUGAGCCAAGCGUAGUGAGUGUGGUGCUACGUCAUGUGAGGAACCUCAUCCCUUACUACACAUGCUUCCCAAAACUCGUCAAGGUCAUCAUCAAGAAACUGGUAAAUCUGUGGAGUACAGGGGAAGAGACAGUACGAGUUCUGGCCUUCCUGUGUCUGUUCUCAAUUGUGAGAUGUACGAAACAAUCCAGACUGGACUUCAUUCUUAAGCAAUUGUACCUUGCCUACGUGCGCAACACCAAGUUCACUUCACCCAGUACUCUACCAGUCAUCAACUUCAUGCAGCGAUCCAUGACUGAGAUGUUUGCUCUCAACACCCAGCUCACGUACCAGCAUGCUUUCAUCUACAUCCGCCAGCUGGCCAUACACCUCCGAAACGCUAUCACGGUCAAGAAGAAGGACAUGUACCAGUCUGUCUACAACUGGCAGUACAUACACUGCAUCUACCUCUGGUGUCGAGUGUUGGCUACACUUCACAACGAUGAAACACUCAAACCUCUGGUGUAUCCUCUAGUCCAGACAUCCAUAGGUGUCAUCAAGCUCAUCCCAGCAGCACGCUACUACCCCCUACGGUUCCAUGUGGUACGGGCCUUGAAUCUCCUCUCAGAAGCUACUGGUACCUUCAUCCCGCUCCUUCCAUUCGUCUUGGAGGUUCUGCAGCAGACCGAUUUCAACAAGAAGCACUCCAUUGCUAGCUUCAAACCUCUCAACUUCGCCGUCAUGUUGAGACUUUCAAACUCACAGCUGAAGGAGAGAGCCUUUAAGGAUGGUGUGAUGGAUCAAGUGUAUGAUCUUCUCAUCGAGCAUCUUCAGGUUCACUGCCAUCGAAUCGGCUUUCCUGAGCUGGCUCUUCCAGUAGUUCUGGAGUUGAGAACAUUCCUGAAGAAAUGCAAGGUGGCCAACUUCACCCGUCAGAUGAAGCAGUUCUUGGACAAAGUUCUGGAGAAUUGUCAGGAGAUCACCAAGCGGAGAGAAAGGGUGUCAUUCGGACUGGCAGAUGACAAAGCAGUUAGACAAUGGGAGAUGAAGAAUCGUGAGCAAGGAACGGCCAUCUUGAAAUCUUACGAUACCUACAAGAAGCUGAGAGAAAGAGAGUUGAAGCACGAGGAAGCAGGCAAAGAAAGGCUUGUUGAUGACAAGAUUCCCACGAUGACACAGAGCAAAAAGAGGAAGCUGGAGAGCAAGAUGGAGAUGAAGGACCUCUUCAAGAAAGACGUGGGAUCAGACGACGAGGAAGACCUCUUCAAGAGGGUGGAGCGCAAACAGAAGAGGUUGGAGGAACGUCCCAAGAAGAAGGGAAAGUACCGUGACGACGAUGAAGACGAUGAUGAUGACGAUGAUGAUCUGGAAGACUUGGAUGAAGAUGACUUUGCUGAUUUAAGCGAUGAUGAUGAUGAUGAAGAUGAAGCCGACGAAGCAGACCAGUCAUUGACGAAAGUCCCCUUGAAGAAGUCGUCCAAGAAAGCAUCUAAACCAAGUCAGAGGAAAGAGGACACUUGGGAGGAGAAAGACGACCAAGACGAUGUCGUGGAGGACUUUGCGAUGUGGUCAGAUGAAGACGGCGAGGAAGGGAGUGGAAAGACAACAUCAAGUAAAAAGACUUCUAAAACCUCAAAGAGCAAGCCUACAGGACGCCAAAACCAGAAAAAAUCCCCCAAGUUGCAAAAGAAGAACAAGAAGAAACUGAACCAGAAGAGCUAGAGGCAGUGUCGAUGUGCCUUUGAUAAACUUUUAUCCAAUUGUCUCUUUGAAUAAAUUUAUAUCCAUUCUUUUACUUCUUUAUAUUUAUUGAAAAAGAGAAGCAUCUUUUAUUGCACAAAUACCUGAAUUGUAAAGAAUUCCCUACAAGAACCCAAGAGAAUGUGGCUUUAAGGUCUAAUCAAACAAAUGCCAUGGUUUAUAGUUCCCACCCUCUAUUCUUAUAUCAGUAUAUCUUCUCCCAAAUGUCAAAUUGGACUAUUUGAAAUAAAAAAGAAUAGACUUGGAGAACAUUA